AUGGGUAAAGUCCACGGUUCCUUGGCUCGUGCCGGUAAGGUUAAAUCUCAAACUCCAAAGGUUGACAAGCAAGAGAAGCCAAAGAAGCCAAAAGGAAGAGCUUACAAGCGUCUUUUGUACACCAAGAGAUUCAUCAACGUUACUUUGAUCAACGGUAAGAGAAGAGCCAACCCAGGUCCAUCUUCUACCCAAUAA